GAGGAAAUGCAGAAUAGGGCGCCGCAAUGACUCUUUUAGCACGAAAAUACAAUUUCUCUUACCAGGACCGUCCGAUCUCAUGACACGUCAUCAAUCCGCGUGAACCAGCGUUUCAACGGUUCAGAUCAAUGGUUGCAGAGCUACUGGUAGAGGGAACGAAGAAGCUCCUCUCUUCUCUCUCUCUCUCUCCCAAUCUCUCCCUCUCUCUCUCCUUGCUUGGUAUUCCAAUUUCUUCUAGUUUGUUUUCCCUGUAAAAUCCAAUUUUCUUUGGAAACUUUAGCUGAGUUGUGAAGAUGAAGGUUAUGGAUGAAGUAGUGGAGGAAAACGAAGUAAAGAAAUUGAAUGAAGAAGAAAACGAUGAGACAGAGGACAGCCUUGAAUAUGAGGAGGAAGAGGACGGUGAUGAUGAUGAAGAAGAGGACGAUGAUGAUGGGGAUGAAGAUGAUGAUGAUGACGACGACGACGAUGAGGACCAAGAGGAUGAUGAUGUGCAGGAGGUUGUACAGUCCUCCGGUGGUCCCCCUGUUCAGUCGGUAGACGACGACGACGAUGAGGACGACAACGAGGAUGAAGAUGACGAAGAAGGCGAUGGUGAUGACGAUGACGACGACGACGAUGGAGACGACGACGAUGACGAAGACGGAGAAGCUGAAGAGGAGGAUAUGGGUACCGAGUACCUUGUCCGGCCGGUGGGCCGUGCUGAGGACGAGGAAGAUGCCAGUGAUUUUGAACCAGAAGAGAAUGGAGAGGAUGAAGAAAUUGACGAGGAGGAUGAAGAUGAAGGUGAUGAUGGUGGGAAGAUUGAGGCACCACCAAAGAGAAAGAGGUCAGAUAAAGAUGAUUCUGAUGGCGAUGAUGGUGGAGAGGAUGAUGAGAGACCAUCCAAAAGAUAGGGCUUGACCCCUUUUUGGUAUGAGGAGUGACCAUUGAUAAAAUAGGUCAAUCUUUCUUGCUCUCUUUUAAUCUCAUCUCCUCUAUGUAGAAAAAGAAGGGUAGGAUGCUUCCUGAAUUCUAUUUUUUUUUUAAUUCCUGUUGCUGUAUUAUCAUGGUGCAGUAUAAUUAGGGCUAUAAGUUACAAAUUUUAUCUGCUAAUGCUUUAGUAAUUUGGGGGUAUGGAAAAGCUAUUGAAAAAAAGCUGGUUUAGGGUUUAUUGUAAGUUUCAGAACUCUUAGAUAAGUCUUUAUGUAGACUUUUGAUGUUCUCAUUUAAUAGGUUGGUUGCAGGCUUUGUAGGUAGAUUCCUUUGUGCUUCUAAUAUUUGGUUGGUUGGAUGUUUGGUGGUUGUUAUGGUUCCAUAUAAUGAGUCAUGGUAAUUAUUAUUAUUAUUAUUAAUAACUCUCUUAUUA